AUGGUAGUCUUCUCCUCCCUCCUCAAAGCCCUCGCUGUCGCCAGCGCUGUCAUCGCCUCACCAAUUGAGCAACAGCUCGAGAAGCGCGCUGUCAUUGGCCAUGAUAAAGUCGUUGGUUUCCCACAGACGGUGCCGAGUGGAAGUCUAGGUUCUUUGUACCUUGCGUACAAGCCUUUGCUGAAGGUUGUCAACGGCUGUGUGCCUUUCCCUGCUGUGGAUUCUGCUGGCAAUACAGGUGGCGGACUCGCUACUUCUGGCGCUUCAAACGGAGGAUGUAGUUCCAGCACCGGACAAGUCUAUGUCCGUAGUGGUGCACAUAACGGAAUGUACGCCGUGAUGUACUCUUGGUACUUCCCUAAAGAUUCACCAUCCAAUGGCCUAGGCCACCGCCACGACUGGGAAGGAGUCAUCGUCUACCUCUCCUCCUCAACCAGCACCGACGCCUCCAACAUCCUCGCCGUCUGUCCUUCCGCUCACGGCGGCUGGGAUUGUGCCACUUCCGGCUACUCUCUCACCGGAACCUCUCCUCGCAUCAAGUACGAGAGUAUAUUCCCUGUCAACCACGCCUGUGGUCUUACGACUGCUGUUGGUGGCACGCAGCCGCUGAUUGCAUGGCAAAGUUUGCCUGCUGCGGCGAGGACGGCGUUGGAGAAUACGAAUUUUGGGGAUGCGAAUGUGCCGUUUAAGGAUGCUAAUUUCGAAGCGAAUUUGGCGAAGGCGACUUUCUAG